CGCUCACGGCUGCGGACGGAGCAGCCACGGCCCCAGAGCUGCUCCUCGAGGAUGUGACCCUACAAGGCCUCUCCCAGCCCCUGUGCAGCUGGCCGGGCUCUGCCGGGCGGGGACAGCGUGGGGGGAUUUCUCACGAGACCUUGGAAGCAGACGCGCAGCUCUUGGCGUUUCCUGCUGUUUUUUUUCCCGAGCCACUGCCCAGCGGCUCCCAGGAAUUGUUGCAGCUUCGAGGAAACCGGGGUGCAGCAGUGGCACGGAGCAGAGCGUGGCACUGUCCCACGAGGGGUGGUCGUCCCCAUCACCAGAUCCGAGAGCAGAGGUAAGGGUGCCGCGAGUUGGGGUGCACAGCAAAGCCCUGCGGAGGCAACAGCAUCGCCUUGGGGACAACAGUGCCGCUGUCACCACAAAAGCUGCCUCAGACCCCCUCCCCCAGGGCCCCCACAGCGCUGUCACAUGUUGGAGAUGGUCACCCGGCUCCAGCCUACGUGGAUCCGAGGCUGUGCAGCGCCUGGCGGGGUGCCCGUGCUGCCCGGGGGUGGCACGGGGCUGUCACCGCACAGAGCGGCCGUCCCCGGGGCUGGCGGUGCUGGGAGCGAGCAGAGCGCGACUGGGGGAAGGCUCGGGGUAAGGGUCUGGGCUGGAGACAGCUCGGCCAUCGAUGGGGACAGCCAUGCACAAAGCCACCAGGUCUCGUGCUCCCUCAUUGUGUUCCCUUAUCGAGGUGUUGUUUCCUGCUGGUGGGGGGGACCCUGCCGCCGGCACUGGGUGCGACCCCCCAGCGUGGCACACUUGGCCACGCGCCCUGCCUCCGUUUCCCUCUCGGCUCGGGAGCUGAGCCGAAACCCAUCGGUGUGGUGAGUUUGGGGGGGCUCUUCCUGGCCCUGCUGCCCCCCCUCCCAUCCGCCUCUCCCUCUUUGUCUUUGCAGCAAUGGCUGAGGACGACGGGGCUGCCUCCGACAGCCCCCAGGUGGUUGCCCUGCGUGCGGGCAGCGUGGAGGAGCUGUACGAGCUGCUGGAAACGCUGGGCAGGAUGCGUGGUGGGGAACUCUUCGACUUCAUUGCGGAGAAGGAGAUGCUGUCGGAGGAGGAGGCCAUCGAGUUCCUGGAGCAGAUCCUGCUUGGGGUGCAGUACCUGCACGGGCGCCGCAUCGCCCACUUCGACCUCAAGCCCGAGAACAUCAUGCUGCAGGAGAAGGAUGUCCCCAAACCCCAAAUCAAGAUCAUCGACUUCGGCCUGGCCCAGAAGCUGGAGGAUGGCGUUGCCUUCAAGAGCCUCUGCGGGACCCCCCAGUACAUCGCUCCCGAAGUGAUCAACUACGAACCACUGAGCUCCGCCACCGACAUGUGGAGCAUCGGGGUCAUCACCUACAUCCUGCUCAGCGGCUUGUCCCCCUUCCAGGGCGAGACAGAUGCUGAGACCCUCUCCAACGUCGUGGAGGGCGCCUACGAUUUCGAGGAGCGCUACUUCAGCGACACCUCCGAGAUGGCCAAAGACUUCAUCCGGCAGCUGCUGGUGAAGGAGCCUCAGGAGCGCAUGACGGCGUCCGAGUGCCUGGUGCAUCCCUGGAUUAAGCCCCUGAGCAGGAAACAGGCGGCAAAGAGGAGCCGCUCCUCCAUCAACAUGAAAAACUUCCGCAAGUUCAAUGCCCGGAGGAAGUGGAAGCUCUCCUACCACAUGGUGUCCGCCUGCAACCGGCUGUGCCGCAUGCGGCUGCUCUGCAGCCCCAGGACGGAGGGCGAGGAGCUGCGCUGCUGUGAGAGCGACCAGGAAGAGGAGGGCAGCCACCCCGUGACGCUGCUCCGCCGGCGGAGGAGCAGCUGCUCCUGAGCCCCCCCCGGGGUGGUGACAGCAGAGCGGGGCCAUCCCACAAGAGGGACUUCGGGACCUUCCACCCCCCCCCCCCCCCCACCUCUCUGCCCAGUAGAUGUGAACGCCUGGGUGCUGGAGCUGCUGCUCCCAGUGCCUCUGUGGUGAGGGCCACUGGGGCAGAGCCAGGGGCACUGCUGUGCUCCCCAGGUGCACCCUCACCUGAGGGCUCUGCCCUUCCCUUGGCUCUAAUUUGAGAAAUAAAUGUGCCCCCGUCCUCGUA